CCAUGACAUAUUUUACAUGCUUAUAAAUUUUCAUCGUUCUAUUUUUUUAAUGACCGAACUUCUGUUUUCUUCUUCAUGAAAAAAAGAAAAUUAUUUUUCUUCUAUCGAACGGCACAUAAAGUAAAUAAUCGAUUUUGCAGAAGGUGGUCGCCGAAGUUAGUUUCGAUUGUUUGCUAAUUUUAUGUCCUUAAUGGUAGCGAAAGAAUAGACUGUCAACCGGUUUUUUUAAAGCGUUGAUCAGAAUAUAAAUCAAUAUGAAUUUAUUCGUCUGAAUAAAAAAAUAGAACAUGCGGGAUACAUGCGAAAGAUAGAAAACAUCAUCCUUCAUCAAAAUGUCAACUGCCGAGCUCUAUUCCAAGGGGGCUCGUGUUUGGAUCCCAGAUCCAACACAUGUGUGGGUUGGAGCAGAGGUAAAGAAAUUUGGUAAAGAUGAGCUUGAAGUGGAACUUGAAGAUGGAUCAACUCAACUCGUUAAAGUCACCUCAGAUGAUAAAUUGCCCCCUUUGAGAAAUCCUGAUAUCCUAAUAGGAGAAAAUGAUCUUACUUCCCUUUCCUAUCUCCAUGAGCCUGCUGUUUUAUACAACUUGCAAGUUCGUUUCUGUAACCAAAAUGCCAUCUACACGUACUGUGGUAUUGUUCUGGUUGCUAUCAAUCCAUAUGAGGAGCUUCCUAUUUAUGGCAAUGACACUAUUAUGGCAUAUCGAGGGCAGUCCAUGGGAGAUCUCGACCCUCACAUAUUUGCUGUAUCAGAAGAAGCUUACACACAGAUGGAAAGAGAGAGCCAAAACCAGUCAAUCAUUGUUAGUGGGGAAUCAGGUGCAGGGAAAACAGUAUCAGCUAAAUAUGCCAUGAGAUAUUUUGCCACUGUUGGAGGUUCAUCCACUGAAACUCAGAUUGAAAAGAAAGUGUUGGCUUCCAAUCCCAUUAUGGAGGCCAUAGGUAAUGCUAAGACCACUCGAAAUGACAACAGUUCCAGAUUUGGAAAAUAUAUAGAAAUUGAUUUCAACACCAAAUAUCAUAUCAUUGGGGCGAACAUGCGUACUUAUCUUCUUGAAAAAUCACGAGUCACCUUCCAAGCACCUGAAGAAAGAAAUUACCACAUUUUCUACCAGCUGUGUGCUUCUGCAGAUCUGGAAGAAAUGCAAGAUCUACAGCUGGGGGACCAAAGCUACUUUAAUUACACAAAUCAAGGAGAUGCUCCUAUCAUAUCAGGAGUAGAUGAUGCCAAAAACUUUCAAGAAACAAGGAAUGCCCUUUGUUUACUAGGUUUCUCAGAUCAGCAGCAAAUGAUGAUGUUCCGAAUUCUAUCCGCUGUUCUACACCUUGGUAACAUUACCAUUUUAAAAGGAGGACAAGCACAAGAUGAUCCUGAUAGUUCCUUUAUACCUGAUAGCGACCCUCACCUUGUAACCAUGUGUGAUCUUCUUGGUAUAGAAUGUGACCAGAUGAACACAUGGCUCUGCAAUCGUAAAAUCCAGAGCAUGCGAGAAGUCAUUACUAUGCCAUUACCUCAUACUCAGGCUUUAUUUGCUAGAGAUGCUUUAGCUAAGCAUAUUUAUUCUCAAUUAUUUGAAUGGAUUGUUACACAGAUUAAUAAGUCUUUGGCCUCGAACAAGAAAGUCCAUAAAUUCAUUGGGGUUUUAGACAUUUACGGGUUUGAAACAUUUGAAAUCAACAGCUUUGAACAAUUUUGUAUUAAUUAUGCCAAUGAGAAGCUCCAGCAACAGUUUAAUAUGCAUGUAUUUAAGCUUGAGCAAGAAGAAUAUGUACGUGAACAGAUUGAGUGGAAAUUCAUCGAUUUCUAUGACAACCAACCUUGUAUUGAUUUAAUUGAAAGCAAACUGGGUAUCCUGGACUUACUGGAUGAGGAGUGCAAGAUGCCUAAAGGAACAGAUGAAACAUGGUGUCAAAAGCUAUUUGCACAGUGUAAGAAAUGGAAGCAUUUUGAGAAACCACGUCUUUCCAAUACUGCUUUCAUUAUACACCACUUUGCAGAUAAGGUCAAAUAUGAAGUCUUUGGAUUCUUACAGAAGAAUCGGGAUACUGUGAUGGAAGAACACAUUAAUAUCCUGAAAGCUAGUCAGUUUGAAUUGGUUGGUGAAUUGUUCGAGGAAGAAAAGACUGCUACAAAGUUGAAGCCUGUAGCCAAAGUGCGGUCUGCUGCACCCCCUAUUAAAGGAGGGCAGAAACAGCACAAGAAAACAGUUGGAUCACAGUUUCGAGACAGUUUGUGUCUUUUGAUGUCCACUCUGAAUGCUACAACACCCCAUUAUGUGCGCUGCAUCAAGCCAAAUGAUCAAAAAGUGGCUUUUCUGUUUGAGCCUCAUCGUGCUGUUCAGCAAUUGAGGGCUUGUGGAGUUUUAGAAACUAUUAGAAUUAGUGCUGCUGGAUACCCAUCCAGAUGGGCAUACCAAGAUUUCUUGAACAGGUAUAGAGUUUUGACAAGCUCUAAAGAUAUCCGACGAUCUGACCUGAAGAUAACCUGCCAGAAAAUAUUAGAGAAUUUAGUUAGACAACAUUCCUUUUUUGGAAAAGGUGAAGAAGACAAGUUUCAAUUUGGUAAAACUAAAAUAUUUUUCCGAGCGGGACAAGUGGCUUAUCUUGAAAAGCUGCGUUCAGACAAGUUGCGUGCAUGUGCUGUUAUGGUUCAAAAGCACAUCAGAGGUUGGUUAUGGCGGCACAAAUAUACCAAGAUCAAAAGAACUGCCAUUCUUAUACAGAAAUAUGCCAGAGGACUUUUGGCAAGAAGACUUACAACUUUCUUGCGAAGAACGCGUGCAGCCAUCAAAAUCCAAAAGAUGGUGCGGAUGUUUGUAAAGCGCAAGCAGUACCUUCGUACAAAACGUACAGUUCUGGGACUACAAGCACAUGCCAGAGGCAAAUGGGCCAGAAUUAAAUUCCAGAAAAUGCGAGAAAAUGCAUCUGCAAUCAUUAUACAGAAACAUGUCCGUGGUUUCUUGGCUCGUAGGAAAUACAGGAAAACCCUUUCUUCAAUCGUCACUUGUCAAUCAGCAGUUAGACGAUGGUUUGCUCGUAAAGAACUUAAGAAACUCAAGAUUGAGGCCAAAUCUGUGGAACAUGUGAAGAAAUUGAAUAAGGGUCUGGAGAACAAAAUUAUUUCUCUGCAGCAAAGAAUUGAGGAAUUGCUACGUGAAAAGAAAACGUUGCAGAUCACGCAAGUUGAUACAGAGGAGGUAAUGAAACAACAAGAAAAAGUUAAACAGCUUGAAGAGACAGUCAGGGCAUAUGACAAUCGGGUGGCCGAGUUGGUACAGACAGUUGCCGAGCUCAGAUCAGAGAAUGAGAAUCUCCGCAAUGAGAAGGAAGAUUUGUGUACUGAGAAAGAUUUAUUGAAAUUGGAGAAAGAUGAGAUUGUUGAACAUCUGAAUAAGGACAACAUCAAACUUAAAGAGGACCUUGAUAAAUUGAAUGAGGCUAUCAAGGCUAAAGAAAAGGGAGCUAUUGAGGUACUUGAAAAUGAGAAGCGUUUGCUGCUAGAAGAAUUUUCUGCAGAGCGAGCUGCUUAUCAAAAGCUACUCAAAGAAAAUGCCCGCCUGGAGCAGCGUUUUGAGAAUCUUCAAAAUGAGAUGAGUCGCAUAAGGGGUGGUCAUCGACGCACUCCUUCUAAUGUUAGCCUGGGAAGUGUCAGAAGUGAUGCCACUGAGCUUGCAUCUGAUGCACAUGAUGAUGAUGUUGGUUAUGGAUCUAUUCGCUCUAAAGACAAAGAAAAUGUUCAUCUGAAACUUGAGGAUGUCCAUUGGGAUGAUCAUUCACCUGUCAGCAAAGAAGAAAGUCCUGAUUCAGAAACCAGGCUUGAUUCUGAAGAUUCUGGUAAAGAUAUGGUGGAUGUUACCCUGGUACUGAAACUGCAACAGAAACUUAAAGCUCUCGAAUCCGAGAAAAAUCGUUUAGAAAAGAAACUGGAAAAUCUGGAAGCAAAAGAAGAAGAUUCUCCCAAGGAAGAAAAAUUCCUCAAAGAUGCCAUUCGGUUACAAGAUCUUGAAAUGGAGAACUCUAAACUGAAGAAUGAGAUUACCAAGUUGAGGGAAUCCCUAGCCAAGGAAGAUCCAUCCAAUAAAGCUCAGGAUCUUUUAGAUCAAUUUGAAGCAAUGCAAGAAGAGCUUGAACGACGCCGGGAAGAAUGCAUUCAGUUGCGUACCAUUUUGGCAGAUCGUAACCUUCCACCACAGCUGGCUAAUCGAACGGAACUCAUCAAUGAGGAUGGGGAACUACUUAUGGCCUUUGAAACACAAAAAGUUCUGAUCAGGCAACUUGAAGCUGAAAUUCAAGCUGAAAAGAGCAAUGCUGAGAAGAUGGAGAAAGAGCUAAGACAUGAAUUGCAGAAACUUCAGGAAGAUAAUGAACGCCAACAAAAACUUUUAAGCCAGAAUUUGAAAAAGACGCCUCAAGCCCAGACUGAAGCCAUUUUACAACAUGAAAUCAAUCGUUUGACUGGCGAAAAUGUGGAUUUGAGGGAGAAAAUAGAUGUACUUUCGGAUCAGAUCAAGAAAUACAAAAAACAGUUGAAGCUGUAUGCAAAGAAAGUUAAAGAUACAGGUGUGACCUCCAAGCGAUCCUCUGUCAUUCUUGGUCUUCAAGGCGAUGUCACCUUAGAACUUGAACCUAAGGAGAAGCCAAAUGAUAUGCCAUUGGUGAAGCACAAGGAGGUCUCUUACUUGGGCAUGUUUGAAUAUAAGAAAGAGGAUGAAAAUAUCAUUAUCAAGAACCUUAUUUAUGAUCUGAAGCCCAAAGUGGCUGUUAACUUGCUUCCAGGAUUACCUGCUUAUAUUCUUUUCAUGUGCAUACGACACACAGAUUAUAUUAAUGAUGAUGAAAAAGUGCGAAACCUCCUCAACAACACAAUACAAGGAAUCAAACGAGUCAUAAAGAAGCGACAUGAUGAGCUGGAUUAUACAAUCUUGUGGCUGGCCAACACUUGUAGAUUGUUGCACAACCUCAAGCAGUAUAGUGGUGACAAGGUUUUCCAAGCCGAAAAUACUCCCAAGCAGAAUGAGCAAUGUCUGCGUAAUUUUGAUUUAUCCGAGUACCGUCAAUUGCUGAGUGAUGUAGCAGUCUGGAUAUAUCAAGCCAUCAUUAAACUCUUAGAAGAGAAAGUUCAACCUUAUAUAGUGCCUGCAAUUCUGGAGCAUGAAGCCAUUCCAGGAAUUUCUGGCAACAAACCCUCAGGAAUGCGAGGUCGUUCUUCCAGCGUUGCUCGUGAAGUGGAUGCCCCCAUUGACCCGCAAGCUGCUCUUGAUGGCCUUUUAAGAGAGUUAGGAGCAUUUUUCAAGGUGCUAAGCAUUCAUGGUGUAGAUCCAGAAAUCAUCACUCAAGUUUAUAAACAGCUCUUCUACUUCAUUUGUGCCGGUGCUCUUAACAAUUUACUUUUGCGCAAAGAUAUGUGUCACUGGACCAAGGGAAUGCAGAUACGGUAUAACCUGAGUCACUUGGAACAGUGGUGUCGAGAUCUUCGCAUACAGCAUACCGAGGUUAUCGAGACACUACAACCCAUUGUACAAGCAUCACAGUUGCUUCAGGCGCGGAAAACCGAUGAAGAUGUGCAGAAUAUCUGUGACAUGUGUGAUAAGCUCACCACAUCUCAGAUUGUGAAGAUCUUGAACCUGUACACACCUGCAGAUGAAUACGAAGAACGGGUCCCUGUCUCUUUCAUUCGGAAGAUGCAGGCUUGUUUGCAGAAGCGGGAUGAGAUAGCACAGGGUGGUUCUGCUAUUACUGUUGCAGGCCCCUCCACCCUUUUGAUGGACACAAAGUAUGCUUUCCCCAUCCGCUUCCCCUUCAACCCUUCCAACAUUCAACUGGAGGAUAUUGUUCUGCCUGACUGCCUCGACUUGCAUCAUGUCCUGCGCAAGGUCUAGUGCCUUUACAUACUAGAAUUAGUUUGGAUGUGGAAACAACUGAAUGGCCAGCAGGUGGUUUCAAUCUCCUGGUAUACUUCGUGCCUGUGUAAUGUUUUAAGCUCCUGAAUCACUGAAAAAGAUCACUUUUUGAGGAUAUUUAUAGUUCAUGAGCAGUUGUUGAGACAUUUAGAGAUGCAGAGUUUUUCUGAGUUCCUGGAUUGCCAUUCUGGGGUAUUUGGAUCCUGAAUGUUACUGUCCCAGAGAGCAAUAUCUUGGAGGCUACGGCAGUUGCUGAUUAUUUAUUAUUUUCCCUAUUAUGUGAGUCUAUAUUAUAUCAGAUAUAAAUAUGUAUUUAAGAGCUAUUAGAGAGAAUUUAUUGUGAUACUGUACAUUUGUCUCGAACGCACGCUUCUAAAGAUGGGAUUAGAUUUAUUUGUACACAUCUUACUUUUGAGUAAAAAAUAAAAAUAUGGCCAUUCUGUUCUUACACCUUUUACAUUUUUUAUAACUUAAUUAAUUUAAUUAAAUUUAUCUUUCAUUUUGAGUCCCGAGUGCCAUAGUUGAAUGCAAGAUGUUCUGUCCUAAAUCGUGCAUGUGCUGGUCAUGUGCGAGCCAUUUUAAUUUUGCCAUUGUGAUUUAAUUUUUUUUGUUUAUUUUAUGAAUUUUUGUUUCCCAGAGAAUGGUCUUUCCUUUUACAGAAAAGUCUUCCAAAUGUCCGGAAAUCAUUUGUGGUUUUAAUUUAUUACCAGAUCUCCAAUUUUUCGUCAGCAGUUUACUUAAAUUGCAGUUAAUGCUUUCUGCUAUGAAAUUGUGAUUAUUUUUUCUUCUAUUUUGUAGCAGAUUAUUUUCUUUUGAUGACCAUAAAAUUGAAAAUAAAUUCUUGUUAGUUUCUUAUUAAUGCAUGCAUUUUAAUGUAUUUUAAAGAUUCAACUACCUUUCUUUAUAAUUUGAAUUAAGUGAAAUAUGAGGAAUUUCUGUAGCUGUUUUAUAAUUAUUACUUUUAAUUCCAUUUUUUAAAAAUUGUUUUUGAAAAAUCAGUUACAACAAAAAUAUUAAAGUAGUUAAAAAUAUAGGAAAACAAUUUUCAUUGAAAAAAUAAUAAUUUUUUUAAACUAUUGAUAGCUUUGAUACAGAUGCAUUUUUUCUAGUAUUGCCAAUAUUUACAAAAGUUUCAAUUUGCAGCCCUUUAAUUUUUAUAGAUUUUUUCAUGAUAAUUGUUUUUGUAUCUAAACCCAUCUGCAUUUCUUUUUCUGCUAUUCAUAAUAAAUCUUUGCUUAAAAAUUUAUAACAAAUUUCAUUUAGAUUUUUUAGAUGUAAUUACAUUCCAAAGUUAUUUAUUCAUUU